AUGAAGCUUCAACGCAUCCUUGUGUUUGCGAGUUGGCUUGUGUACGCGCCGUCGACACUGGCAUCCCGCGACCAGGUCGUUCUCAAGGAUUCAGCGGCGGCCACCAGAGCCACGAAACAUGUUGCUAUUAUAGGUGCGGGAAGUGCCGGCUCAUCGACAGCAUAUUUUCUACGGAAGUACAGUCAGGAGCGAGGCAUACCCAUCAACAUCACGGUCUACGAGCGUGACGGCCACAUUGGUGGUCGUUCAACAACGGUCGGCGUAUAUGGAGACGAACAGAAUCCGGUCGAGCUCGGUGCAUCCAUCUUUGUCGAGGUGAACCACAAUCUCGUUGAUGCUGCUAAAGAAUUCAAUCUCUCGACCUCUGGCAUUCGUGAACUCAGCACGGAAGGGCCGGUUCUGGGUAUAUGGAAUGGUAGAGACUUUGUUUACGUGCAGUCUGCUGGUGGGAGCUGGUGGGAUACUGCAAAGCUUUUUUGGAAGUACGGUCUCGCACCUCUCAAGACCGUGAAGCUGAUGAAGGCUACCGUUGCGAAAUUCCUCAAGAUGUACGAAGAGCCGUAUUUCCCCUGGAAGUCGUUAUCGCAAGUGGCCUACGAACUUGGGUUGGCGGCUGCUACCGCCUCUACUGGUGAACAGUUUCUUGAUCAGAACGGAAUCGGCAAGCUAUUCGCCCAGGAUAUCAUACAGGCGAGCACACGGGUCAACUACGCACAAAAUCUACCUCUUAUACAUGGACUGGAGGCAAUGGUCUGCAUGGCAACCGAUGGAGCGCAAGCAAUAGAAGGCGGCAACUGGCAGAUAUUCUCCAACAUGCUCGCUGCCUCUCAUGCAACAGUUCUUCUCAACCACACAGUCAGCAAGGUCGAAAAACAAGAGAACACUACAUAUAUUGUAUCGACAAAGGAAACGGGGUCAUCAGUAACGUUCGACCAGCAGACAUUCGACGAGGUUGUGCUGGCAGGACCAUAUCAAUAUUCGAAAAUCGACUUUGACCCCGAGCCUCGUCAUCUGCCAGACUCGAUUCCAUAUGUGCAGUUGCAUGUCACACUGUUCACGUCGAAACACAAGCUUUCGCCGGGAGCCUUCAAUCUAUCGUCAGACAAAGAGGUUCCCCAAGUGGUUCUGACUACUCUCCCUCCAGGAGAACACCACGGCAGCAGUCCAGAAGGAGUGGGAUCACCCGGUUUCUUCAGCAUCUCACUUUUGCGACCGAGUAUGGACACGCGUGAAGGUAGAGACAAGCUCGAGUACGUGUACAAAGUUUUCUCGCCGGCUCCACUGAAUGAGACGUUCAUGGCCAACAUUCUGGGCCUGCCCGCAAACAGGACUAUUAGCAAAGCGGAUGUUAGUUGGAUGUACCGAAAGGUGUGGAACAGCUAUCCAUAUGAGUAUCCGCGAGUGACAUUUGAAGAACUGCAGCUGGAUGAUGGACUCUGGUAUACGGCGGGUAUUGAAAGCUUCAUCAGUACAAUGGAAACAAGCAGUCUGAUGGGCAAAAACAUUGCCAGGUUGAUGGUGGAUGCUUGGGAGAGUUAG